UUCUUUGCUGAAAGGAAACAUGUAUCGGCAGAGUAAACCACAUCGAAAAGUGGUUCAAUAUACUCAUCAUGGAAAAUAUGAGUGUGAUAUUUCAUGUACAUCAGCUCAACAAUUAGAUCAACAUCUUAUUGGAGUAAAGCAUCGCUUUAAGAAACUAAAAGACUCUCACAUAGAAGAUGAAGACCAUACAUUUCCACUGGAGAACAUGGUCAUCAUAGAUGAGACUGAUGAGGACUUGUCAGAUAAUGGUGCUGCUUCCGCUGCUGCUUGUGACGAUUCAGAGUCAGAGGCUGCUGUUCCAAUCUCGGAUAAAUCAGGUUUUAAAACAUUAGACAGCAUUUCCAGAAAGCACAUGACAAAUUACGACAUUGACCAUCCAGCUUCCCCUGCAUCUUGUGACUUUUCAGGAUCAGAGCUUGCCUCGUCAUAUACAGCAACUGUUAAAACCAAUGAUGAACAACCCAAGAAGAAAGCUAGAUUUGAAACACUUGCUUAUAACGAAACUGCUCCAAUUUCUCCAUCAUCUGAUGUUGUUGACUGCUCUUCCUCCAAUACUGCACCAGAGGCAGAAAAUGUUGAUGAGGAGUCGGGGAAACCCAUUGGAACAAAACACCGUAAAAAGAAUCGACAUAGAAAACGAAAAGAAUGUCAAGCGAUUCCUCAUUUUAAGCCAGUAAAAAGUAACAAAGAUGUGUUCAAGUUUCUGAAAAACUUUGAGCUGACAAAUGAGUCUGAUGUUACAUUUGCAAUAAAGAUGGCAGAAAUGUUUUCCAGAGCAUUAAAUAAAUAUAGAGAAGAGAAACUGGAAGAAAUGGUCUGCACAGAAGCAGAACACGAGACAACUGAGGAACUUUGUACGAGUCUUCACACAACAUCUCAUAGUAGUCCUAGUACCCGUGACUUACAUGAGCAUAGUCCAGAAGGUUUGUUGGUGGAAAGUGAAAACUGCCUCGCCGCAGAAGCAGCUUGCAGCGAUGAUGAUGUAUAAUAUUUAUCACAGCUAUGAUUAAAUGUUCAAAUUUCAUGUGGUCCAGUUAUUUUAAACAGUGUCCGCUGUUUUUAAAGUAUAUGUCUAGAGACAUUGUAAACCCACAAGUGUUCUGAAUAUUCAGUUGGGGGUUUACUCUUCUUUUUUUUUUAAACAGUAAUGUAUGCAGACACAUUUUGGUAAUGUGAAUAAACAAUUUUUGACAAA